CCGGGGGAGCAGCCCGCCGGUAUCGCUCCGCCAGCCCCUCUGCCCCGCGCCUCGCCGCCAGGCGGGACUUUUGAGCCAUGAGACGGCCGAGUCGCCGGCUGGCGCUGUCUCUGGCGGGGAUCCUGUGGCUCGCUGCUCUCCUCUUCUUCUUGGGGGCGAGGAGGAGACUGGAGGUGGCAGGAGCCGAAGGGCAGACGCCAAAGGGCUCAGAUGUCGACUGGGAUGACCUCUGGGAUCAGUUUGAAGAGAGAAGGUACCUGAGUGCCCGGAAAUGGAAGGGUGGAGAGGACCCAUACCGCCUCUAUGCCUUUAACCAGCGGGAGAGCGAGAGGAUUCCCAGUGACCGUGCCAUCCGCGACACCAGGCAUUACAGAUGUACUACUUUGCACUAUCGUUCGGAUCUGCCAUCAACAAGUAUCAUCAUCACCUUCCACAAUGAAGCCAGGUCCACCCUGUUAAGAACUAUCAGAAGUGUUUUAAACCGCACCCCUGUGCACCUGGUCCACGAAAUCAUAUUGGUGGAUGACUUCAGCGAUGACCCUGAUGACUGCCGUUUACUGGGCAAGUUACCCAAGGUGAAAUGCUUGCGCAACAGGCAACGAGAAGGUUUGAUCCGGUCCCGAAUCCGAGGGGCAGACAUGGCACAGGCAGGAGUCUUGACCUUCCUAGACAGUCACUGUGAGGUGAAUAAAGACUGGCUGCUGCCUCUCCUGCAGAGGAUCAAAGAGGAUCCAACCCGCGUGGUCAGUCCAGUUAUCGACAUCAUCAACUUGGACACUUUUGCCUAUGUGGCCGCUUCCUCGGACCUCAGAGGAGGGUUUGAUUGGAGUCUUCAUUUCAAAUGGGAGCAGCUUUCCCCAGAGCAGAAAGCCAAACGAAUUGACCCUACAGAAGCCAUUAAGACUCCAAUCAUUGCAGGGGGGCUCUUUGUGAUCGACAAAACCUGGUUCAAUCAGCUGGGGAAGUACGACACUGCCAUGGAUAUCUGGGGUGGAGAGAACUUUGAAAUCUCCUUCCGUGUGUGGAUGUGCGGAGGGAGCCUGGAAAUUAUCCCCUGCAGCCGGGUUGGACAUGUGUUCCGGAAGAAACACCCCUAUGUCUUUCCAGAGGGAAAUGCCAACACCUAUAUAAAAAAUACCAAGCGCACAGCCGAAGUGUGGAUGGAUGAGUACAAACAAUACUACUACGCUGCCCGGCCUGCAGCACAAGGGAGACCUUAUGGAGACAUCCAGAGCAGACUGGAACUGAGGAAGAGCUUGAAAUGCCAGACCUUCAAGUGGUACCUGGAAAAUGUUUAUCCAGAACUUAGGAUUCCCGAGGAAUCAUUGUAUCAGUCUGGAAUGAUCCGGCAAAGACAGAGGUGUCUGGAGUCCCAGAAGUCUGAAGAUCAGGAGUUCCCCGUCCUGAGCUUAAAUCCCUGCAUCAGCAGCAAAGGUGUGGCAGCAGUAGCACAGGAAUGGACGUACACAUACAACUAUCAGGUCCGCCAGCAGCAGCUCUGCUUGUCAGUGUACACCCUUUUCCCGGGCUCCCAAGUGCUGCUGUCACCCUGCAAAGAAGGUGACGGCAAACAGCGAUGGGGUAAAGUUGGUUCUCAUAUUGAGCACAUGGCCUCGCGCUUCUGCCUGGACACUGAAAUGAUGGGGGACACCAAUGAGAGCACCAGAGAGCUCGUCAUCAAUCCUUGUGAGAGCACAGCCAUGAGUCAGCGCUGGGACAUGGUGAUGUCCUGACGGCCCAUGGCAGUCAUCGAGCAAAACCAGCCACGAGAGCUUCAUCGGAAGCAGCCAUGGCACAAAGCAGAGGCUGUUGGGAACUCAACAGCAAAACCAUUGGGCGCCCUUGUUCAUUGUGAGAUGGGAGCAGGAGUAAAAAAAGUGUUAGGCCGGGGAGCUCCAGGUUGAAGAAGGGAUGUCAGCUGUGACCUGCAGUUAGUGGCCAGUUGUGGUGAUAGAGUCAAUGAGUAAGAACCGCACACAACCAAUCCCGAAAUGUCUUUCAAUAACACUGAGUCCUGGGUGAGGCCUGAGGACUGCCCUACUGAAAUACGGUGUGUACAGUAUUUAUUGUUUUACUGCAAAGAUGGAAACUUUGGUGGAAGAGCCUUGGAGAGAAAGUGGAGACCUGGACACAAUGAGACAAGUGUCUAGUUGGCCGCAUGGGUGGCAGGGAGGCUGGUGGGUGGGGGAAGGAGAUGCUAAAGGCAGACAAAAAUGGUUGCCUGGGGGAUGAGCGGAAAAUGCCAAGUAAUCCUUGCACUUUUCAUGGAUGUGAAUGAGCUUGUCUUCUGCAGGCAGCUAGAAUGAAGCUAUAUUGCACAUUC